AUGGAUCAGUGCGGCACCGUAUGGACCAUUACGGCACUGUACGGACCAGUACGACACUGUAUGGACCAGUACGGCACGGUGCGGGCCAGCACCGUACCGUAUGGACCAUUGCGGCACUGUACGGACCAGUACGGCACGUUCGGCGCGAUCCUCCUGGCCUCGUUGGCAGUCGCAGUGCGUUCUGAUGGAGGCGGAGGCGGUCGUCAUUUCGGUGGUGGCCACGGCGGGUUCCGUCCGGCUCCCUUCCAUGGAGGAUACGGCGGCCCCGGCCCUAUCGGCCCUAUCGGUCACGGCCCUAUCGCCCACGGCCCUAUUGGCCCGGUCGGCUACGGCGCCGGAUACGGCUAUGGCGGCCACAGCCACGGCUACAGCAUCCGGCCGACCAAGUUCAUCCUAGAGGUCGGAGAGUACGGCAGUGAGGGCGGCUUCAAGGGCCACGGAGGUCACGGAGGUCACGGCGGACAUGGGGGCGGCGGUGGCCACAAGGGCGGCCAGGGCGGCCACAAGGGAGGCCACAAGGGCAAGGGCGGCGGCGGCGGCCGCAAGAAGAUCAUCCAUGUGCACCACUACCACCGCACCCCGGUGUACACCCACCCCGUACCCGUACCCGUGUACGGCGCCCCUGCGCCCGUGUACGGCGCCCCGGCUCCGGUGUACGGCGCCCCGGCCUUCCACACUCAGGGUCGCAAUAUUGGAGGACCCGGCCCGAUCGCUGUUGGCCACGGAAACCGCGGCAGCAUCUACCCCGCUCCGCGGCCGCCGGUGCACCCCAUCCCCGUGUCGCCGGUGCACCCUGCUCCCGUCCACCAGCCGCACCCCAUCCCUGUCCACCAGCCGCACCCCGCACCCAUCCAUCCCGCUCCUAUCCACCCCGCCCCCAUCAGUCAGGGCUUUGGACCCUUCAAGCAGCAGGGUAUCACCUUUGACUCCCAGGGCGCGUCGUUCGACUCCCAGCGCGAUUCGUUCAUCUCUCAGGGCCCCGUGACCACCAGCACGACGACGACCAUCUCUCAGGGACCGGUCAUCCACUCGGACGGCGGCAGCAGCGUGUCGCAGUCGCUGGGACCCGUUCGGGAGACGUUCACCAGCAGCUCCCAGCAGGCCGAGCAGCCGCUGCCGCCCGUCUUCUCCUCGGGCAGCGCGCUGGACGUGCCCCAGUCGGCCGGACCGCUGCCGCUCGCCACCGGCGACGACAGCUUCGACGACAGCUUCCCGCCGCACGGACAGUCGGCCGGGCCGAGUGUGUCGCUCUCCGACCCGGUGGAGGUGCCCCAGCAGAACUUUGACAUCAGCGCGCCGCUCAAUAAUGGGCUCUACUCAACCCCCAACCGGAGCUAG